GCGGGCGGGCGGGGCCAGCGGCGCUCCUCGGGGGUGCUUGGCAGCAGCGGCCAACGCCGUCAUGGCCGGCAGGCGCUGAUCCUCCGCCUCCUCCUCGGCCGCCAUGGCCAUGGCCGCCACUUCCCGCGACGCCGACGUCUUCGACGAGGCCGUGAGGGGCACCUGCGACGACGCCUCCCUUUGCAAGCGGUAUGCUGUCAGCAUCGGCUACUGGAAAGAUCCGUACAUUGAGUAUUUUGUGAGGCAGCCGAAAGAGAGGAAGGCGCCUGAAAUCAGCCGUGGAUACUACGCCCGAGUCCAGGGUGUCAGUCAGCUGCUAACGGCUUUCCUAAAGAAGACGGAAUGCAACUGCCAAAUUAUAAACCUUGGUGCUGGCCUGGACACCUUGUUCUGGAAGCUGAAGGAUGAGAAUCUGCUUCCCAAAAAGUAUUUUGAAGUUGACUUCCCCUCUAUAGCAACAAGGAAAAUCCACCACAUCAAAUCAAAACCACCCCUGUCAAAGCCAAUUAUGGAAAGCCAUUCAGGGGAGUCUCUCCUAAUAGAUGCUCACAGCUUAGAUUCCAGCCGAUAUGCCAUCAUUUCUGCGGAUCUUCGAGAAUUAUCAAAACUAGAGGAAAGCCUGAAGAAAUGCAACAUGGACCCGCAGUUGCCCACCCUCCUGGUCGCAGAGUGCGUCCUGAUCUACAUGACUGCGGAACAUUCUUCGGCCCUGCUGAGGUGGGCCACCAGCACCUUCCCGACUGCCAUGUUCAUCAAUUAUGAGCAGGUGAAUAUGGCUGAUCGCUUUGGCCAGAUCAUGAUUGAGAACUUGCAGAGUCGGCAGUGUAACCUGGUUGGCGUGGAGGUCUGCAGCAGUCUGGAGAGCCAGAGAGCACGGUUCCUGGCAAGCGGCUGGCAAACAGCCAGGUCCGUGGACAUGAUGGACGUCUACAGCCGUUUGCCGCCAGCUGAUGUCAAAAGGAUAGAGGCCCUGGAGUUCCUCGACGAGAAAGAGCUGCUGGAGCAGCUGAUGCACCACUACUGCCUCUGCUGGGCCACCAAGGACACCUGCGGCCUGGGUCUUGCAGACAUAGGGCUGUAGCACGUCCACUCCGGUGGAGCUCAGGGCACGCCUGCCGCCCGCUGCCCAGGGGACUCUGCCUGAUCCAGCACCAGCCGGCCCCUCCCCUCUGACGUGCGGGCAAGAGGACAGUGGUGGUGCGUGAGCUGGAGAGGCCCUUCCCCCCCCCCCCCCCCCCCCCCCCCCCACCAUUUCGCACCCUUUGGGAGGAAGGGCCUUCUGUGGUGAGCAGCCCAGCGCACACGAGAGUCUCUUUCCCCCCUUCCUGGUUCCUGGAGUGGAUCGGAAGAUCUCGCGCCUGUUUGCACCAGACUGUCUCGUCUCGGCCCCCUCUCUGACCCUGGGGUGGGGCGGGAGGGUGGGAGGCCCCUCUCUGGUUGUGCUCUUGCGGAGCGCUUGCCUCCGGUGUUGCUGCGCCUCGUGGUGAGGCUCUUGGACCUGUGGCGUGAGUCAGGAGGGCCCGUGGCCCCAGUCAUCGCGCCUCCUUUGCCCCAGGCUGAAUCGAAGUGCCCUUGUGACUUUCUGACCACCAGGGUGAAUAAACAGUGGAUCUUGGCUGCGA